AUGCAUGAUCCUGCAGGCCAGGAUGGCGCAAAGGCGCCGGUUGUGUAUCCGAAGAGGAUCUCCUACUGGCGUCUGAUGUCUGACCAAGGCGUGAUCACACAAGAGAUUCUGGAUCAUAAGUAUGCCGGUUCAGGAACUGAAAGCGAUCCAUUCGUGGUGACCUGGUUACCGGAUGAUCCUCGCGACCCCAUGCGGUUUGGUUUAGCGAGGAAAGUCUUCAUCACGUGUCUGACGGGCUUCGCGACUCUGGCUGUGUCCUUGGCUUCGUCGGCGUAUAGCGGGAGUCUAAAUAGCAUCACCGCGCACUUCCAGGUCGGCGACGAAGUUGCCACGCUGGGCCUGUCGUUAUACGUCAUUGGGUUCUCCGUAGGGCCACUUCUUUGGGCGCCGUUAAGCGAGAAUAUUGGCAGACAGAUACCAUUCUUUAUCUCGUUUUUUUGCAUGAGUGCCUUCCUAGCAGGCUGUGCCGGUGCGCAGAAUAUCCAAACCCUCGUGAUCCUGCGCUUUUUUGCCGGAGUCUUUGGAUCUUCUCCCCUCAGUAAUUCCGGAGGAGUAGUGUCAGAUAUGUUCUCUGCCCGACAGCGAGGAUUAGCACUUUGUUUGUUUGCUGCGACCCCUUACGCGGGUCCUGCCCUCGGUCCCAGUAUUGGUGGAUUCCUGUCAAUGAACGCAGGAUGGCGAUGGGUAGAAGGCCUUCUGUCAGCCCUGGCCGGUCUGGUAUGGAUCCUUCUCAUCUUCUUCCUCCCCGAAACCUAUGCGCCAGUUCUACUUCGAAAACGGGCUUUGAAGCUGUCAGAACAGACCGGCAAGUGCUACAUGAGUGUCCGUGAUAUCGGCAAGCCCCAACAGGAGUGGGUCUCGCGCCUGAAGACCAUCUUCUCACGGCCUUGGAUCUUGCUGAUCCGCGAACCCAUUGUGUUUCUGUUCACCUUUUAUGCUGCGCUUAUCUACGGCACGCUUUAUAUGCUCUUCGAUGCCUUCCCCGUGGUAUACGAGCAAGAACGCGGCUGGAAUGAGGGCGUCGCCGGCCUCCCCUUCAUUGGCGUGCUGAUAGGCACCUGCAGCGGCGUACUCUAUACGCUCUGGGACCAUAAGCGAUACGACCAGACACUGAAGAACCACAACGGGUUCCCGCCACCGGAAGCCCGACUCCCGCCCAGCAUGGUCUCUGCCGUUACGGUCCCGAUCGGGUUAUUCUGGUUUGCGUGGACAAACUCGCCAUCCAUCCACUGGCUGUCCAGCGUGGCUGCGAUGAUUCCCUUCGGCUUCGGGCUCGUUCUCAUCUACCUUGGUAUCGUCAACUACCUCGUCGACUCUUACACGUUAUACUCGGCGUCGGUGCUUGCGGCCAUGUCCAUUCUCCGGUACAGCUUCGGCGGCAUCUUCCCACUUUUCACCCGGUACAUGUAUGCGGGGCUGGGGAUUCACUGGGCCUCGAGUAUUCCGGCAUUUUUGUCCUUAGCAUGCAUGCCAAUGCCUUUUGUGUUCUAUUACUACGGAGCUGCGAUCCGCAGUCGAUGCAAGUACGGGGCAAUAUGUGCAAGGGAAAUGGAACAGAUCCGGCAGACCGCCCAGGAGAAAAGUGAAAAAUAG